ACAACCCGACCUGACGCAACAUUCUGCCAAGCUCCAUUCUACAUCGACACUCUUGCAUCACCGGAUUCUCUCCUUUCUGUCGCGCACCUUCCCUUCGUCUCUUUCGAUCAUUCUCUCGUCUUGGAGCACUGGUACGGUCUCACACGCUGCGCGGUUGAUCCAGCCCAGAGAGCUGCUCGGCACCUCGAACACCUUUGACGUUGCUAUAUUACCUCGACCGAUACCAAGAUGGCCCAUCAGUUUCUCACGACCGUGUUCGUCUUCUCUCCAUCUUCGCGCCCCAUACAAGCUGCCCACGAUGAUGUCUGCGUUCCGCUACCUGAGCCCCCAGUCGCUUGCGACGAUGGCCAGUAUCGAGAAUACCAUCAUCCCCGUCUACAACGACCCUCCGUCUCCUCCUCCUCCCGUUCCAGACGCUCCGCCAACUCUCCACGUACCAAAGGGCAUGGUCACUAACACGAGAUCUGUGUCCGACAGCAACCAGCGCACGAAGAACCAGUUCCGACCUAGGCUGGGCAAGGGCGGUGCCACGAGCUAUCAGCUCAGACAGUAUGCCGAAGUCACGCUGGGAGGUGGAAGCUUGAGGAAGGUGGUCAAGCUUCCCGAGGGCGAGGACGAGAACGAGUGGCUGGCGGUCAACAUGGUCGACUUCUACAACCAGAUCAAUCUGCUCUACGGCGCCAUCACAGAGUUCUGCUCCCCACAAUCUUGCCCGGAGAUGAAGGCGACGGACGAGUUCGAGUAUCUCUGGCAAGACAGCCAGGACUACAAGAGGCCCACCAAGAUGCCUGCGCCAGCCUACAUUGAACAGCUCAUGAGCUGGGUGCAGGCCAACAUUGAUAACGAGCAGGUCCUUCCCAGCAAGAUCGGCGUCCCCUUCCCCAAGUCGUUCCCAGCGCUUGUCCGUCAGAUCUUCAAGCGCAUGUAUCGCGUCUAUGCGCACAUUUACUGCCACCACUACCCCGUCAUCCGCGAACUGGGCCUCGAGCCGCAUCUGAACACAAGCUUCAAACAGUACGUGCUAUUCAUCGACGAGCACAGCCUGGCAAGUGGGCGGGACUACUGGGGCCCUCUGGGUGAUUUGGUGGACAGCAUGCUCAAGAGCGAUUGAGCUCGCUGAUGUGACUUAUCUGUGAUUUCGUCGCUGGCGUUCAGGAAUUGGGACAGCAGGGGGGAUAAUGGCAUCACUGGCUGGCGGGAGGCAAUACAGGCGUAGGCGCAAGGAUUACCGUACAACUACACUGGCAGCAAUAAAGUCUGUGAAAAGAUAACG